AUGGUACGAUUUAAUUCAAUCAAAAGUAUUGAAAUUUCCACUGAAUUCUUGUUACCUGUUGUUCCAUUAACAGUUGUUGCUUCAUCAGGUGGUAUUAUAUGGUCUCAUUUACCUGAUUUUUUACAAUCAUCAACCCUUGUCUUAACAUUUAUCUUAUGGGCUAAUGCUAUAAUGAUUUCUUUGAUGAUUACAACAGUUUAUAUGUGGAAAUUAUUUAUUUAUAAAAUCCCUCAUAUAGGAAUAGUCUUUUCAAGUUUUAUACCAAUUGGAUUUUCAGGUCAAGGUGCUUAUGCAAUUCAAUUAUUUGGUACAAAUUAUUAUCAAUAUCAAACUAAAAUUUCUCAAUCACAAGAAUCUUUCAUUGCAGCUGUUGCUAUCAAGCAUAUAACUAUAUUUAUUGGAUUAAUGUUACAAACUUUAGGUUAUUUCUUAACUUUCUUAGCUAUUGUUUCUGUACUAAGUUAUUUACCAAAUAUUAGAUUUAAUAAAAAUUGGUGGGCAAUGACUUUCCCAAUGGGUACAAUGUCAUUAGCAUCAACUGAAACUUUUAAAAUGACUGGAUGGUAUACUUUUAAAGUACUUGGUGCAAUUUAUGGUGUUUUUUUAAUAGUGAUCACAAUUGUUUGUUUAAUAGGUUCAUUAAUUUGGGAAACUCCUAGAUCAAGUAGUUAUGAACCUAAACUUAAAAAAGAUCUUGAGAAUGGAAUCAUAUCAUCAGAUCAAUCAAAUGAUACUAAUGAUGUUGAUUUCAUGGUUUCAAAUAGAACUUAUGUAAACAUGUGA